AUUGCAAACAAAUUGUCCUCUUUAAACAUUUUGGUAGUGCGGAUUGUAAAGAAAUAAAACACUUCUGUUUACAAGACGGAUUAGUAGCUCUCACACGGCAAUAUUUCCAACUUGACAAAAAUGAUGGGUGGCUUUGGAAUCCCAAGCUUUCGGAUGAGUUGCCUCCGACUCACGAGCACGGCACCCGUCAGUCUUAAUCGCCGCCGCCUCAUUAGACCCUUAGCUACCUCAUGCUCGGCGGCGGCAGCGAAAAAUAAAAAGGAGAAGGUCAUAGUAAUAUCUGGUCCCACCGGUGCCGGAAAAAGCAGGCUAUCACUGGAACUCGCGAAGCGACUCAACGGCGAAAUAAUCAGCGCUGACUCUGUCCAGGUGUACAGAGGUCUAGAUGUGGGAUCAGCAAAGCCUUCUCUCAGCGAAAGACAGGAAGUGCCACAUCAUUUGAUUGACUUAUUACAUCCAUCUGAAGAUUAUUCUGUUGGACAAUUUUAUGAGGAUGGAAGGCAAGUAACAAAUGAUGUUCUUAAUCAUGGCCGUGUUCCCAUAGUUGCAGGUGGUACAGGAUUGUACUUGCGGUGGUUCAUUUAUGGGAAGCCAGAUGUUCCAAAAGCCUCUCGAGAGAUCACUUCUGAAGUGCAUUCUGAACUUGCUAAUUUACAGAGAGAUGGUGAUUGGGAUGCAGCUGUCCACUUGCUGGUUAAAGCAGGUGAUCCAAGUGCCCAAUCUUUAGCUGCAAAUGAUUGGUAUCGAUUACGCCGCAGACUAGAAAUCAUCAAGUCAAGUGGAGCACCACCGUCAGCCUUUCAAGUACCUUAUGAUUCGUUUCGGGAAAAUUUUGAAUCAGAUGAGGCAGAUGCUGUUGACAUCAACUCUGCUUCAGAUGGACUUCUUGAGAGUAAAUCAAAGGAUUUGGACUAUGAAUUUAUUUGUGUAUUCCUUUCGACCCAAAGGUUGGAUCUCUAUAGAUCAAUUGAUUUUCGAUGUGAAGAUAUGCUUUUAGGAGAUGAUGGAAUUUUGUCUGAGGCAAAAUGGCUUCUUGAUUUGGGUCUUCUACCGAAUUCAAAUUCUGCAACUCGAGCUAUUGGUUACAGACAAGCUAUGGAGUAUCUCCUGAAGUGCAGAGAACAAGGGGGUCAAUGUUCUGCCCAAGACUUCUAUACAUUUUUAUCAGAGUUUCAGAAGGCGUCCAGAAACUUUGCAAAAAGACAAAUAACUUGGUUUCGUAACGAGCCAAUUUACCAUUGGAUUGAUGCCUCUAAACCUUUGGAAAACGUGCUCAGCUUCAUAUGUGAUGCAUAUCAGGAACAAAACGGAAACCUAAAAGUGCCGGAGUCACUUUGCAUGAAGAAGGAUAUUACAAACCAUCGGGAAGUCAUGCGACUGAAAACUUAUCGCACUAAAAAUCGGCAUUUUGUCGGUCGUGAAGAUUGCACUGAUAUUCUGCACUGGGUGAGGACCCAAGAUCAAACCACAAGGACCAGUGGAAUGAAAGCCUAGACGAGUUCUCCUACGCCAGAUAGGAUUUACAGAAUAGUUCACGAGUUAUGACAUUCCUUAGCCGAAACAUUGCAAAAUUCUUCAAGAUCCGUCUGGAGGAAAGUUGAGGGCACCUGGCAUCAUGGAUAUAAAAGUCUACAUGGACUAGCAUAUAUUCUUCCCAUGGAGACGUUAGAGCUACAAAGAGAAUUAAGCAUAUGCUGAUGUCCAACAUCGUAACAUUUGAGGACAUCAAUUGAGCACAUUAUCGUCCAGCUACCAAUUCAGACGAGAUAUUUUUCAUUAAUUUUAUCUGAAUAAUUCAAUAUUUUCUGUUCUUAAAUCUAUGAGAACCAAGUAGUAAUUAGAUGCUCAUAUACUGGUAAAAUUGAUUGUGAUUGUUCAUGCGAUUGAAUGGUUAUAUCAAGGAAUUGCUUUUAAAUUAUAAAUAAUAGAAAUUAUUGAUGGAUAAA